AAUGAAGGGUUUUGUAGAUUAAAGUAAAAUCGGAUAUUAACAAUCCGACAGCCAAUAAACAGCCUAACACGUGUCCCACCAUGCGCUGCUUCUCUCCCGUUCGCUGCCUCACAUAAUCCUUAUACCAGAAAUCUAUGAAGUCGACGUUCGCCGUUCAAACGAGAGGCACUCACAUCACAGCAGCUUACUUACCGGAUAUUUGUCGGCUCGUCGUCGUAGUGCAUCAUGGAGUGUUAUACAAUGAGCACAUCAAUACAAGGAUUGUUAUCUGGUCGAUGCAGAAACAAACAAAUAUCAUGGAUUUUAAAAACUCAAAUGGUGAUGAUGAACAUGUUCUUGAACAACCAAUCGACAAUGAUCAAUUAAAGGCACUUCUUGCUGAUGCUGAAAGGGCAAAGCUUUUAAGAAAGUUAAGUGAAGCUAAUCAACACAAUCGUUAUCUCAAACGUCAGUUACUUGUGAGGGAAGAUGCUUUGGCUGAGUUUAAAAGUGAACUUGCUGUAACAGAACUUGAGAUUCAGGGAUUAUUAAAUAUGGCAAAAGAAAUUGUUAGUUAUGGCAUUUCAGCAGGUUCAAGAAAAAUAAAUGGGAAAUACAUUCAGUCUCUUCUUCUUUUACAAUUACAAGGUGUUCAAGAGAAGUUAAAGAAACAAAUUAAAGAAGUGGAACUUGCACAAUCGAAAGAGGUGUCGUUACACUGGUAUGGCAUGGCAGAGAGUGUUCAAGUUAUGGGGUCUUUUGAUGGAUGGAGUCAUGGAGAAGACUUGUCGGCAGAGUAUACUGGCUCUUACACGAGCUUCUCCACAUCUAUAAUGCUUAGACCUGGAAGGUAUGAAAUUAAGUUCUUGGUGGAUGGAGAGUGGGCCCUAUCACCCGAAUACCCAACCGUUGGAGAAGGAUUAAUGGAGAACAACUUGUUGAUUGUUGAAUAAUAUGAGGGGUAUUUUUGUCUAUAUAUAGAAUAGAUUUUUAUUUUUUUUACUACGUCUAAACUAAAAGAUGUAACAUGUUAUUGUUGUCUUUUGUGUUGACCUAGAGAAGUCGAAUGUUGUCUUUUACAGAGAUUUUUUUUCUUUC